UUGUCAAAUCUGCAAAGUGUAUACAAUUCGACUCUCUCCGUCAACACGCAGCCGAACGAGAUUCUCAUCGAGAUUCUGUGUCUUGCGUCCGCAUCGGACGCCCGCAACACAUGGAUUACGAAGACCAUGGGCGUGUGCCGCCAGUGGCGAGACCUCAUCAUGGACACACCUCUCUUAUGGACCAACAUCGAUCUA